AAUACGCGGGAAAAGCAGCACUGCCUGUUUUCAGGGAUCAGCGACAGCAUUGACAACAUUUUUCAGCGUUUCAUUGAACGAUGGAUCCGUUGGAAGUCGAAUUUCUCGCCGAGAAGGAAAUGGUGAAGAUCAUCCCGAAUUUCAGUCUGGAUAAAAUUUAUUUAAUCGGGGGAGACUUGGGUCCUUUCAACCCUGGUCUACCGGUGGAUGUGCCUGUUUGGCUGGCCCUUAAUCUGAAGCAAAGACAGAAGUGUAGAAUAGUUCCUCCGGACUGGAUGGACGCAGAUAAAUUGGAAGAGAUCAGGGAGCAGGAGAGAAAGGAGGACGCCUUCACACCAAUUCCCAGUCCAUAUUACAUGGAAUUGACCAAAUUGCUACUGAACCAUGCUGCAGACAACAUCCCCAAGGCUGAUGAAAUCCGGACGUUGGUAAAGGAUAUUUGGGACACCCGUAUUGCAAAACUGCGCCUGUCCGCCGACAGCUUCAUUGGCCAACAGGAGGCUCAUGCCAGGCUGGAUAACCUCACACUGAUGGAGAUCAACACCACGCGCAGCUUUCUGCUGGACUCCUUGAAUUUCAUGUACAAACUGCGCUCCAACCUCCAGCCAGGCUCAGGCUUGGGCAAGUCGCAGGAUUACUAAGCUGCAGUGCAUCAGGACAGGACUAGCAUGACCUUACACUGCAGUCCACUCUUAUUUCAGAGCUUUCCAGCUGCAGCUCUAGCGAUUCUGAGCAGUAUGAUUACAUUUGUUUCAUGCUGUGGAACAAGCGGCUGUCUUUCACUCCUGUCCACCAUGUGUGAGUGCUGUCAGGCUGGACAGGUUUCUUCUGACAUGCUGCUGUGAUUUCAGCCCUUUCAUGAACACUGUAGCAGCACAGCUAAAUGGAGGACUACAACACAGGCCAAACUGUUAAACAAAUACUGGAUGCAAAUUCUUUGAAAGUGCAGAUGUGAGAUGUUUUUAUGUCCAGUGUUCAUUAAGUUCUCACUCCAACAGCAUUUGUUUUUCCCUCUUUUUUUCCCUGUUAAUCUUCUGGUC